AUGCCUCUGAAGAAUCGCUUUCCUCUUGCUCAAGUACCCCAAGAAAUUCAAGCACAUUUCAACUCGGAACCAUGGUGUACAAAGCUUUUCCAAGAUCACACCCUACAGGCUCUCACUGGUGAGACGACCAGUACAUUAAUGGGGAAAACGCUCUCCACCGACAGCACAAUCAUUGCCAAACAGAUAUUCCAGAAACUUCCAGAGCCCGGAUCAAAGAAAGAGUUCACCGAGGCCAUCUGCCUUUUCCGGCUUGGGGGGGACAUUGAUGGUCAUCAUAAUACUGCUCAUGGGGGAUUUCUUUCUGUGUUGAUGGAUGAGAUUCUUGGUUAUGCCAUCGAAUCCGAGACACCAAAGGGCAAAGCUACAAUGACAGCUUAUCUAAAAGUUGAUUACAAAAAGCCAGUUCGAACACCAGGCAUUGUGUUAGCUAGAGGAGUGGUAUUAAAGAAGGAAGGGAAGAAACUGUGGCUAAAAGGAACGAUUGAGAAUGGAGAGGGUGUGCCAUAUGCUACUGGCGAAGCGCUGUUUGUUGUUGUGGAAAGAGUGAAACGAUUGCCUAAGUUAUAA